AUGGCGCUGACGGCCGCCGGGGCGCGGGUGCUGCGCGCCCUCAGCCGCUGGCUCCCGCCGGGCCGGCUGCGUGCGGCCGGCCGGAGCUGCCGCCGCGGUGUGGGGGGCUCCGCGGAGCUGCCGCCGGGCGGGUACGGAGUCUGGCAGGAGCGGGCGGCCCGCGACCCCGCCGGGUUCUGGGCGGAGGUGGCGCGGGGGACGCUGUGCUGGGACAACCCCUUCCACACGGCUUGCCAGCCCGGCCUGCCCGCCGGCACCGCUCGCUGGUUCCUCGGUGGCCGCCUCAACGUCUCAGUAAAUUGCUUGGAUCAACACGUCAGAAAGUCUCCAAACAAAGUGGCUUUGAUUUGGGAGAGAGAUGAGCCUGGCACUGAAGUGCAUGUCACGUACAGGGAACUUCUGGAUCUGACAUGCCGCCUUGCCAACACCCUGAAAAAAUAUGGGAUAGAGAAAGGGGACAAGGUGGCCAUUUACAUGUCUGUGUCUCCCUUGUCUGUGGCAGCCAUGCUGGCUUGUGCCAGGAUUGGUGCCAUUCACACCGUGAUCUUCGCUGGAUUCAGUGCGGAGUCCUUAGCUGGGAGGAUCAUGGACUCUGGAUGCAAAGCAGUUAUCACCUACAACCAGGGACUCAGAGGAGGUCGAAUCAUAGAGCUGAAGAAGACUGUGGAUGAAGCAGUGAAGAAUUGUCCAAGCAUCAAACAUGUUUUUGUGGCUCAGAGGACAGAUAACAAAGUCCAGAUGGGUGACUGUGAUAUUUCCCUUGAGGAGGAGAUGGCCAAGGCAGCUUCUGAAUGCACUCCAGAGAGCAUGGACAGUGAAGAUGUGCUUUUCAUGCUGUAUACCUCGGGCAGCACAGGGAAACCUAAAGGAAUUGUUCACUCCCAGGCUGGCUACCUGCUGUAUGCUGCUCUCACUCACAAGUAUGUAUUUGACUACCAGCAAGGUGAUGUCUUUGGCUGUGUGGCUGACAUUGGCUGGAUCACAGGACAUAGCUAUGUUGUGUAUGGACCACUCUGCAAUGGAGCCACCUCUGUCCUGUUUGAAAGCACUCCAGUGUACCCUGACCCAGGUCGUUACUGGGAAGUGGUGCAAAGGUUGAAAAUUAAUCAGUUUUAUGGAGCACCAACGGCCAUCCGCUUGCUGCUCAACUAUGGAGAGGAGUGGGUGAAGAAAUAUGACAGAUCUUCCUUGAAGACCUUGGGAUCAGUGGGAGAGCCCAUCAACAACGAAGCUUGGCAGUGGUUCUACCAUGUGGUGGGAGAAGGGCGCUGCACCCUUGUGGACACGUGGUGGCAGACAGAAACUGGUGGUAUCUGCAUUGCCCCACGGCCUUCAGAGGAGAACGCUGAGAUCGUUCCAGCUAUGGCUAUGAGACCUUUCUUUGGGAUCGUACCGGUGCUGAUGGAUGAGAACGGAAAGGUUAUAGAGGGCAACGACGUGCCUGGUGCUCUCUGCAUCGCCCAGCCAUGGCCUGGCAUGGCAAGAACAAUCUAUGGAGAUCACCAGCGGUUUGUUGAUGCCUAUUUCAAAGCCUACCCAGGUUACUACUUCACUGGGGAUGGUGCUUACAGGACCAAGAAAGGCUACUACCAGAUAACAGGGCGCAUGGAUGAUGUCAUUAACAUCAGCGGACACCGGCUCGGCACCGCAGAGAUAGAAGAUGCGAUGGCUGAUCACCCUGAGGUCCCUGAGACAGCUGUGAUUGGGUACCCACACAAGAUCAAAGGAGAAGGUGCCUUUGCUUUCAUAGUGCUAAAGGAGCAGACAGCUCAUACAGACCGUGUCAAAGAAGAGCUCAAAGCCAUAGUGGCUUCCAAGAUAGCAAAAUAUGCUGUGCCUGACCACAUUCUGGUGGUGAAACGGCUUCCUAAAACCCGAUCAGGGAAGAUCAUGAGAAGGCUGCUGAGGAAAGUAGUCACUGAGCAAUCAAGCAGCAUGGGAGAUACCACCACGCUUGAUGAUCCAAGUGUUGUCAAGGAGAUAUUGGAUGCUUACCAGAAAUACAAGGAGAAGGGUUCCUUAUAACAAGGCAGCUCUGGAAUCUCUGUCCUCUGGAAAUGUGGCAGGGGAACAACAUUUUCCACUCCAGUGUAUUUUGAGAUGCAGAAGAGCGAGGAGCAAUCUGCAGUUCUGCACAGUCACUGAGCUGCCUUUCAUUGCUUUAGGGCUGUUGUAGAGCAGUUGCUGGCGGUUUCCAUUAGCUAUGAUGAAAUGUAAUACCAGCUGAGGCAGGAUGCAGAUGUUGAUGCUUCUCAUUUUAGUGUCAGUGUACAGGGAAAUGCUCUUCUACAACACUUCUGCUGUUUGAAAAGAAGCUGUGGGUUUCACUUCUUCAAUUUUACCUUCAGCUUGGAUAUCUGAGUUGCAGCAUCUGUAUUUCAUUGCAGCCUGUGGUGCCUUUUCAGCAAUGCUGGGUGUUCUAGUAGAUGUUCCACGUUUCACAUGAAGGUCAAGGUUAUGAGAGAAGUGAGAAGGACAUGGCUAGUCUGGUAAUUCUUUCUUGUGUUUACCCAGAUGUUCUAAUACCUCCUCUAGCUUUCCAUGUAAGGAUUUGUUCCUACCACUGUAUGUCCUAGGACUUGCCAGAGAUGGUGAGCUUCUGCCCCUUGCUGUCCCACCUAGGCAACCCAGCACUAGCACUUCCAGCUGCAAAUCUGAGCCACAAAGCCUCUCACUGGACUUCCUACAUCUCCACAAUGCAUUGCAAGUUGUGUAGGAGGGGUCUGGUCCCACAUGUUCUUAUUCUGUCUGGAGCCACGAAAAUGAGGAAGGGAGUGGAACAUCUUCCUUAGGAGGACAGACUGAGGGAGCUGGGGAUCUUCAGCUUGGAGAGGAGGAGACUGAGAGGUGACCUCAUUCAUGUUUAUAAAUGUGUAA